AUGAGGAACAUCGCAAAAUGGCGCUGUCAGCUGACGGAAUACGACAUAGAAUACGUGCCCCGCACGUCUAUCAAGGAGCAGGCAAUUGCCGACCACCUAGCAGAAUUCUCGAUCGACGACGACACGCCGAUUAACACAGACUUCCCGGACGAAGGGAUCCUCCAGAUAGAUGAAGCGAAGGAGGAGCCAACAUGGAAGAUGUACUUCGACAGGGCUAUCAAUUCUGUGGGAUCAGGAGUUGGGGCAGUUUUGAUAUCCCCGGACGGGCGCCAUUACCCGGUCACUGCGAAAGUAGAUUUCUCCUGUACCAAUAACGUGGCCGAGUACGAGGCGUGCAUCCUCGAUUUGCAAGCGGCAAUCGAUUUCGAGGUGAAGGAGUUAGAGGUAUUCGGUGUCUCCAUGCUCAUAAUCUUCCAAACGCUGGGGCAAUGGAAGACGAAAGACGCGAAGUUAGUCCCGUACCACGAGUACCUUGAGGAAUUGGCGAAGAACUUUGAGAAGAUCUCAUUCACCUACACUCCACGCGCGAAGAAUCAGUUCGCGGACGCACUCGCAACACUCGCAUCUAUGGCGAGUAUCUCAGAGGGGAACAUCAUCGAACCUCUCGAAAUCGAAGUGGACAAAGGCCCGGCCUACUGCAGCGCAAUUGAAGCGUCCGAAGCGAAGCCAUGGUACGAAGACAUCAGGAACUUCUUACAAACGGGCCAAUAUCCCCCGUUCGCCGAUCGCCGCGAUCGAAAGACACUCAGACGGCUCGCGAUGCACUACUUCCUGAGUGGCGAGAUACUAUACCGCCGUUCCUUCGAUUCCACGCUCCUCCGAUGCAUCGACGAACACGAAUCGCGACAAGCGGAGUGGGCGAAACAACGAUACGAGCAGUUAAACCUCAUCGACGAGAAAAGGUUGAAGGCGCUAUGCCACGGACAGUGCUACCAACAAAGGAUGGCUCGAGCAUUCAACACCAAGGUUCGUCACCGAGAGUUCAAUCCCGGUGACCUUGUCUUGAGAAAGAUCUUACAUGUCGCACCCGAUUCUCGAGGGAAGUUUUCGUACAAAUACGACGGUCCCUUCGUCGUUAAAGAGACUUUCUCCGGGGGAGCAGUCGUUCUGAGCGAUAUGGACGGCACCGAAAAUGCCCUUCCUGUCAAUGCCGACGCCAUCAAGAAGUAUUAUCCGUGA